CCAGCCUGCUGCAGGCAGCCAUGGAGGGGCACCUGGACGCAGGGCUACCAAAAUGGUUGGCCGGGAAACCCGUGGCGUUUAUUCAGCAGUUCGUCGUCAUGGCAACAGUGUCGCCAUGGGAAUCCCGCCUGAUCCCCACCGACGCUUUCCGUGCCCCUCUCUCCAAAGUCUUCUCUAUCGUGGACGAUGUCAACAACCUACAGGUCAAAAUCAGUGGAAAAACCAGAAGUAUCAGUGACUUCUGUCUCCAUAUCCCGGAGGUGUUGCCCAAAUUCAAGGCCAAGGGUCUCCUACCGGAGUACAAUUGUUUACUACUGUCUCCUGCCAAUUUCUGGAAGGGCGAUGCAACCGUGUUUAAGGAGGACGGGCAGAUAAUCAAAACAAUUCACAGUUUCCAGUCACCAACCAUAGAGACAGCACCUACUAUUAAAGACUUGCUGUUCGGAGUCCCCUCCAAAGCCACCGGUGUCCACAGGUUUUUUCUACGCAACAAGCAGAGGCUCAUCAUGUAUACUUAA